UCAAACUUUUCCCCAAACAAACCCUACAAUUUCCCUCUUUUAAUUCCAAAGAAAGAAACCAACACCAUGUUUCUUGAUCAAGAUUUGCUUUCUUGAUCCAAUCCCUUUUGGUUUCAAUUCCCAUCUCUCCAAACAAGCACAAGAAACCAUACCAACUUCAUCACUUCCCAUAAAGAUCCAAGAAAGAUCCCUAUAUAAGAUCAAUAUGGGCUCCAAUGAGCCUAGUUUCAUCUGGGUGUUCCUUCUUCUCUUAGCCUUACCAUCAAGAUUAUUACUCAUUGAAGGUCAAGGGAUCAAAUCCACAAGACUUCUCGAUCUCGUGAUCCGAGAUUAUACGUUCCAAUCAUACAACAAAUAUUUCAAAACAGGCACACAGUACAACAUCAACUUGCCAUCAAAUCUGACGGGCAUUACGGUUUAUACAGCUAGGUAUCGAUGUGGAAGCCUCAAGAGGUAUGGUGCAACCAUCAAAGAAUUUCACUUGAACGUAGGUGUGGAUGUUCAUCCUUGUAUAGAAAGAAUCCUUAUAGUAACACAAACCCUAGGUAGCAAUUGGUCAAACAUUUACUAUGAUAACUACGAUGAGUUACUAGGUUAUCAAUUAGUGUCACCUGUGCUAGGUUUACAAGCUUACAACUCUGGGGACGACAUGAACUUUAAUACCCAGUUCGAGGUUAAGAUUCGGUCACCAGAAAAGGCCGGAAUUCAGAUAGAUUUUACUAAUCACACGUCGAAUGGAAACUCGACGUUAGAUGGUCGGAUAAAGAUGUGUGCAACGUUUGGAGAUGAUGGGAAGGUGACACUAGAAAAGGAGGUUGCACCCAACAUUUGUGGUGCCAUGAGCCAUGGGCAUUUUGGGCUGGUGGUGCAGUCGCCAUUGUUGCCAGUAAGGAAGAAGAUGAGGCGGUGGACGGUGGCGUUUGGAUGCUCAGUUGGGGCUGCCAUUGCGGUUUUCUUGGUGGUGUUGCUUUUGAUUGCGAUGUUUGUGAAGGUGAAGAAGAAGGAAAGAUUAGAGGAGAUGGAGAGAAGAGCUUAUGAAGAAGAAGCACUUCAAGUUUCCAUGGUGGGUCAUGUGAUUAGGGUUCAUUCUGCUUCUGCAACAAGAACUACUCCAAGAAUUGAGCAAAGUCUUAGACCUCCUCGGUGAGUUGAAUCGUGUGGUUAAAUUGUUCAUACUAAUUUGUAUCCAUAAUUCUUUGUUGAAUA